CCCCUCCGCGGCUUGUGUGGCUCACCUCGCCCCCUCCCCCACACCAUCCCGCACUCGAAUGUGACGGACGGACGGACCUCCUCCUCGCCGCGAUGCCCCCGCCGACCGCCUCGUCGCUGCCCGCCGCGGCCGCCGACCCGGCGCUGCCCGCGGCCUUCCUCUCCGUGCCGUCCCCGUUCCUCCCCUCCUCCCCGCCCCUCCCCGCUGCCCUCGCCCCCUCACACGCCUCCUUCCUCCCCCGUGCGCGCGGUCCCCGCGCGCUCGCUGUCUCCGUGUCCGUCACCGGCCCGGUCUCCACCGCCGCGUCGCGGCUGCACCACAUGUGGGGCGAGUUCGCGCGCUUCGUGCGGCUGCACGGGAACCAAAUCGCGCCGCUCGGGUUCGCAUCCCUCGGUUCGGCCGUCGGAGGCGGCGGGGGCUGCGGCGGUGGAGGGGGCGGUGGGGGAGGGGGUGGUGGGGACGCCGAUGGGGCGGUUGAGGAGGAAGGCGUGGCGCGGGCCGAGGCGCCCAAGAAGGUGCUGAUCCUCAUGAGUGACACGGGCGGCGGCCAUCGCGCGUCCGCCGAGGCCAUUAAGGCCGCUUUUGCCCAGGAGUAUGGCGACGACUACCAGGUAUUCGUCACUGAUUUGUGGACUGAACAUACACCAUGGCCUUUCAACCAACUUCCCAGAAGCUAUAGUUUCUUGGUGAAACAUGGACCCUUGUGGAAGAUGACAUACUAUGGUACAGCGCCACGAGUAAUUCACCAGCCACAUUUUGCUGCAACAGCAACAUUCAUCGCGAGAGAGGUUGCCAAAGGUCUGAUGAAGUACCAACCAGAUGUGAUUAUCAGUGUACAUCCUUUAAUGCAACAUGUCCCCCUUCGAGUUCUACGGUCCAGAGGUUUAUUGGAUAAGAUUCCGUUCACAACUGUUAUCACCGACUUGAGCACUUGUCACCCAACUUGGUUUCACAAGCUUGUGACUAGAUGUUACUGUCCAUCAGCCGAGGUGACAAAGAGAGCACUAAAAGCUGGACUGAAACCUUCACAAAUUAAAGUCUAUGGCCUCCCUGUACGCCCAUCUUUUGCCAAACCUGUUCCACCAAAGGAUGAAUUGCGUAGGGAGUUAGGUAUGGAUGAAUAUCUGCCUGCAGUUCUAUUAAUGGGCGGAGGUGAAGGGAUGGGUCCUAUUGAAGCCACUGCCCGAGCUCUGGAUAAUGCUUUAUAUGACGAAAGCCUCGGGGAACCCAGGGGUCAAAUACUUAUAAUUUGCGGACGCAAUAAGAAGUUGACUAACAGGUUGCAGUCAAUUAAUUGGAAAAUUCCUGUUCAGGUGAAAGGUUUUGUUACAAAAAUGGAGGAAUGCAUGGGUGCUUGUGACUGUAUCAUCACAAAGGCAGGGCCUGGUACAAUUGCAGAGGCGAUGAUUCGUGGCCUCCCCAUUAUUCUAAAUGGUUACAUUGCUGGGCAGGAAGCUGGCAAUGUUCCCUAUGUUGUUGAAAAUGGCUGUGGGAAGUUCUCAAAAUCGCCAGAACACAUCGCAAAGAUUGUUGCCGACUGGUUCGGCCCCAGGUCAGACGAGCUCCAAAUAAUGUCUCAAAAUGCCCUGAAACUAGCUCGCCCAGACGCGGUGUUGAAAAUUGUUCAUGAUCUACAUGAGCUAGUCAGGCAAAAGUCGUUUGUACCAGAAUAUGCAUGUGCAACAUAAGCUCCUAUCUUGUCUUUUGAAUUUAGUUAGUUUUGUUAUUUUUUGUGCGGCAUUAGUCAUAGUUAUUUGUGAGGAUUCAAACUAUCAAUUGAUUUGCAAAUGUCAUCAUUAAAGGAAAAUGGAACUCGAAAAGAAUUGUGAACCA